CAUGCCGCCGUGAGUGGUGGCACGUGUGCAUCUGCGCACUGGUAUCUACCCGUUCCCCCCAACGUUUGGAUAAUACCACAGUAAUUUUUCUGCUGAAAAGCUAACAUUUUGUUUUGACAGGACUUGAUUGAAGAAUAGAUUGGAACCAGUCGACUUUUAGGGACAUAGAUUGAAAGUAGUCAAAAGUGUUUCACAGAUUGAAUAGCGUGCCAUACAUAGGAAAAUCAAUAUCGCUAAAUUUUCACCCUUAUUGAGGUUGUUUUCAAAGUAACAAAUGUGUCGAUAGGUAAACAUAGGUAGCAUUUUACUGACUGAUUGCGUUGUUGUUCUGUUGUUGAUUUGAACGUAAAAAUGGCCACCGAAAUACUUUUGUGCUGAACUCAGUGGAAAUUCGAAAACAAAGAACAUUAUCACGUGUGAAAAUGACGGCGAAGCCGCCCCAGGAUACCACUGGCCUUGGCUAUGCAUACAUAACCCCGGGUGGGAUAUUCCUACGGUUGAGGAACAGCCUCUCCCAAUUCAGUGAUUUAUUCAGUGAGUUCAACAAAUACAUUGCCCCUGCGUAUCACCACGAUCGGUGCGAACGAUCCGUCCAUAUGCGUCUCUACUCGAUGAACAAGCGAGAGUUUGUUAUGGUUUUCCUAGCAUUCUUCGCUUGUUUCGGAUUAGGAAUUUUCAUUGGGAUAGCGGGUCCUCCCAUAACGACAACCACAAUGGUCACCGGAAGUUCGCUAAUGCCAAACACAACGAACCCAAAUCAGGACUACCUCGCAACCGGUCCGUUUGUGAUGAAAACGCCACUGAUGACAACCUAUUCUCAGCAGCUCUGGCUGAUUGCCAAUUUGCAGACGGACAAUACGGAUGAUGAAGUUUUCGACAAGAGUUUCCACGUCAGUGUUGGCAUCGAUGGGCUCACAAUGGACCACAAGCCUGCGAUGGUACUUAGCGCGCAGCAUGGUAAAAAUCGAACGCGCCAUCUAACGUGUUCCAGGAACACUUGCGAUGAGUUCAUUAUACUGCAUCUAGGGUUUCUCGACUAUGCCCACUAUAUUAUCACCGUCAGAUUCUAUGGGCUGGAAGGCUUCCAACAUCGGUACAACAUCAACAGCGUGCAGUUUUACUUUAAAACAUACAACCCGGCUUUCACACAAAUCGAAAUCUGGUUCCGAUUUAUUUUCCUACUGUUUACCUUCAUUGUGACCUGUUGGUUUGCCCAUACAUUACGAAAAUACCCAAUUUACGAUUGGUCUAUCGAGCAGAAGUGGAUGACCAUUUUGCUACCGCUGCUGCUGCUCUACAAUAAUCCGGUGUUCCCUCUAAUCUUUCUGCUGAACAGCUGGAUACCGGGAAUGCUGGAUGCGAUUCUGCAGGCCACAUUCCUCUGUGCGUUGCUGUUGUUCUGGUUGUGCAUCUAUCAUGGGCUGCGGCAAAACGAGCGCAAACUGCUGACCUUCUACGUGCCAAAGCUGAUUGUCAUCAUGCCCAUCUGGUUGUGUGCGAUCGUGCUGGCAACGUGGGAGAAAUGCAACGAGAUGAAGGAUCCAACCUAUAGCCACUUUGUAGAUACGGGAAAUUAUAAUGGUUUCAAAACGUUCUUCUACAUCGCGGGGGCAAUGUAUCUACUCUAUCUUGUGCUGCUCAUUCUAAGAGCGUACAGUGAGCUCCGGUCAAUGCCUUACUUCGACAUGCGCCUCAGAUUUCUCACUCUCCUGAUGCUAUGUGUGCUAGCGAUCUCGCUAGCCGUCACAAUGUGUCGCUUCGGAUUCGGUAUCCUUGAGGACAACUUUGUGGCCAGGUUGAACACCACGUACAAAAGUUCCGCCCAGUUCAUGUGCUUCUACGGGCUACUGAAUUUUUAUCUUUACACGAUGGCGUACGUGUAUUCGCCCAACGGACGGCCCCUCCAUGAAGCCACCAUCACCAAAGACAAUCCAGCCUUCUCGAUGAUCAAUGACUCGGACGAAGAGGUGGUGUACGGAUCUGACGAGGAUAGCCGUCGGCCCCUUAAUUCGUCCUGUGGCAAGGGUAAUGAUUACGACAGCGAUUAAAAGACCGGAGACGAAUCGCAAGGGCUUCCGAGUGGCUGAUGAUCUCACGUCAAGUUACCGAAUUGGCGAGAUCCGUACAAAGAGAAUGAGUGCGCGCGAGUGACCAAAAUAAUACGUUGACUGAAAAACAUGAGGGGUCCGUUAGUAAUUGGUAGAAAGAUUCCAAAAAAAGAUAGAACAUCAGACAAAGGCAUAUCUUUUCUGUUUAUUUCCUCUGAAAGGUAGUGACAUUUAGAUGUGAAGCAUUACGUUUCAACAUGUUUCGUUUCGGAGCCAUUUCAUGGACAAUUCGUGAGCAUUCCAGGUUUAGUUACCUAUCUGUUAGAUUCAGAAAUCUUUUUGUAUGUUUACAAAGAUCUCAUAGUAAUCGUGAUUAAAAAUCGGUACUGUUAAAUGUAUUCACAGAAUAAUGACCCCGCGUCAGUGUUAGCUAGAUUUUUUUUUGUAAAAAAUAUAUACAUUUAGAAUUUGUACUUGAUUUGACGUUACAAUAAAGUUAGUGAAAAAUAUCAUCAUGGAUUUCAGCUGGACCACGACUGUAGCAUUCGCGUGUUGAUUGAUGGUAUUUUUGUGAAAUAAAAUAUUUCUAGCAAAUUCAGCUCCACGCGUUGAAAGAUGAAGAAGGUCGUUUUGUCAAAACCCAGUACAUUUGUAACUGGAGCUUAGUUCGAUAAUAGGAGAAAGAUGAAACUUAGCUAAACAUUGAAUAAUAUCUACUUAAUAGUGUUUAAGAAUGUUGAGAAGACACUCGAUGUGUGAGAAAUGUAACUAAAGAUGACAAAUAAAGAUAUUUUAUCCGCAA